AUGGUCGCUCCACCGUCAACUGGUGGUGUUGCACCUGCGACUGCGACCGUCAAAACAUCAUCCGCCCCUCGAGUGAACGGUACUGCGCCCAGCAUGGUCACUCCUUCAUUCCCCUACAGUGCUCGUCGUGCUCAACCUCUUGAUAUGCGAACUGUCGAGCGCAAAGGCCAUUCUACAAGUCGCGACCCCCCAACACGAACGAGGCCACAUGGAAUACCUGAAGCGCCAACAUUCAGACCAACUGAAGCAGAAUUUCGCGAUCCAAUGGCAUAUAUUCGAAGCAUUUCGGAAAAGGCUAGUAAAUACGGAAUUUGCAAGAUUAUUCCUCCAGACAAUUGGAAUCCCGACUUUGCCAUCGAUACGGAGCGUUUCCAUUUCCGGACUCGACGUCAAGAAAUCAAUCUUGUCGAAGGAGGCAAUCGAACAAAUCUCAACUACCUAGACCAGCUUGCCAAGUUCCACAAGCAAUACGGUGCCCACCUCAAUCGAUUUCCCAGCGUUGACAAGCGCCCUCUCGAUCUUUACAAACUCAAGAAAGCCGUCGAAGUUCGGGGAGGUUUUGAGCGAGUCUGUAAGGAUAAAAAGUGGGCAGAGAUCGGACGUGACUUGGGGUACAGUGGCAAGAUCAUGUCUUCUCUGUCCACUUCGCUCAAAAAUUCCUACCAGAGAUGGCUACAUCCCUAUGAAGAAUGGCUGAAAUAUGCCAAACCUGGCGUUCAUCAACAACUCGAAAAUGACCAAGGAGGAGCAUACUCGCCUCCUCUUGCACCUCAACACCCUUCCGUGAACCCUCCGCCAAUGCCGACUCAGUCUGCUCCUCCAAGCAUAGGUACAGGCUCGCCCGGCCUGCAGCCUGCCACAGUUUUCGAUCCUCCCAUGCACGCUGCUUCUGGCCCACCACUACAACCACCCUCGGUGCUAACAGCCGCACCGACUCCUCCACCGAGGCCCGUUGCCCCUUCCGGCUUCACGGCUGUCAAUAGUGGCUUUGCUGCUGUAAACAGCCCUUCCGGAUUUACUGCUGUCAACGCACUCCUACCUCCAGUGAUAAAGAAGGAGGCCAACGGGGUGCCUCCCGCGACCCAAAGUCCAGCUCCAUCGUUUCUGCCAAUAAAUGGUCCCACUAUCACCACAAUUCACUCUCCCGGGCCUCCAGUCCCGAAUGGGACCUCGAACCCGCUCAAAAGAGCCAUGAGCCAUGAGAGCUUGAACGGUGAAUCGGGGUCGGAGGGCUUGGAUGGCGACUUGGAUGGUCCAAAUGGCAGGAAAAGCAAGAGGCCUAAGAAAGAGGGACUUCCUACUAUUCCCGGCAACCAUAUCCCGGCAAUGCGCCCUUCCACACCUCAGGUCCGGUCCAAGCCUGCACCUCGCAGACAAGGCGACAAAUGCGAGAAGUGUGGAAAGUCCGACAGCAAGGAGAGUAUUCUGGUUUGUGACACAUGUGACUUGGGCUACCAUAAGCAUUGUAUUGAACCACCCCUACGGCACGUUCCGGACUAUGAUUGGCACUGUUCCAAAUGUUUGGUCGGCACCAACGAUUACGGCUUUGAAGAGGGCAGUAUCUACUCCCUGAAACAAUUCCAAGAAAAGGCGAACAAUUUUAAAGAGCACUAUUUUUCUGCUCGAAUGCCCUUCGAGCCCAUCACAAAUACCCAGAAACGACCCACCGAGGACGACAUUGAACGGGAAUUCUGGCGACUGGUAGAAGACAUCACAGAGUCGGUGGAGGUCGAAUAUGGCGCGGAUAUCCAUUCUACCACCCAUGGUAGUGGAUUUCCCACCGUGGAAAAGAAUCCUCUUAACCCGUACUCUAAGGAUCCCUGGAAUCUCAACGUCAUGCCUUUCCUCGAGGAUUCGCUCUUCAGGCAUAUCAAGGGUGACAUUUCUGGUAUGACAGUGCCUUGGUUGUAUGUGGGCAUGUGCUUCUCCACGUUCUGUUGGCACAAUGAAGACCACUAUGCCUACUCUGCCAACUACCAACACUUUGGCGCGACGAAGACAUGGUACGGUAUCCCAGGCAAAGACGCCUAUAAAUUCGAGGAUGCUAUGAGGAAGGCGGUUCCGGAGUUGUUUGAAACGCAACCGGAUCUAUUAUUCCAACUGGUCACCAUUCUUCCCCCCAACCAGUUGAGGAAAGCUGGAGUUGACGUAUACGCCCUUGAUCAACGCGCGGGUCAGUUCGUCAUCACCUUUCCGCAAGCAUACCACGCAGGCUUCAACCACGGCUUCAACUUUAAUGAGGCGGUCAAUUUUGCCCCAGCUGACUGGGAACCUUUCGGCGAAGCGGGGGUACGACGACUUCAAGAUUUCCGUCGUCAACCGUGCUUCUCACAUGACGAACUGCUCUUCACCGCUGCUGCUUCAGAUACUACCAUCAAAACCGCCAAGUGGCUAGGACCCGCAUUGGAGCGGACUCGAGAUCGCGAGUUGGCCGAACGUAAAGAAUUCGUCGCUCUUCACCAAGCCCUGUCUCCACACAGUGACUGUGCAUUCGAGACGCUCGCUUCCGAGGUCUCUCCUGCUUGCGGCCUCAGUGUCCAGGUCGAAAAUGUUGAACUGGAAGAGGAAGAGUAUCAAUGCUGCUAUUGUAAAGCAUUCUCCUAUCUCUCACAAUUUCGCUGUCAUGUCAGCGGCAAAGUGACCUGCCUUCGUCAUCCCAAAGAAGCCGAUUGUUGCUCGGCGACUCUGCAGGAGAAAUUACAAGGCCCCAAUCAUAGCCUCAUGCUGCGAUACACGAACUAUGACUUGGAGGCCGUCGUCCAGAAAGUUGUGGACAAAGCAUGUGUUCCUGAAAUGUGGGAAGCAAAACUAGAGACACUCCUUGCGGACGAUGCCCGACCACCACUCAAAGCGAUGCACACUCUUUUGACCGAAGGGGAAAAGAUUCCUCAUGUACUAAACGGCCUAGAUGACCUCGCCGAUUUUGUCAAGCGAUGCGACCAGUGGGUGGAUGAGGCAAAUCUCUAUCUGACUCGAAAGCAGCAAAACAGACGCAAGAACGAGAAGGCAUGGCGGCGCUCGUCCCUUCGGACAGGCAAGGGAGAUGAAAAGGAUGAAGCACAAUUGACAUUGGAACGCAUGAAGGAACUCAUCGAGGACGGGGAUCAACUGGGGUUCACUGCACCUCAACUUGAACUCCUCCAGGAGAGAGUGACAGUCAUCGAUGAAUGGCGAGCAACUGUUAAGCGAGUUCUCUCAGGUGUGCACCAAGCGAGUACUGAGGAGUUGGAAACCUUGCUUGAGGAAGGACGCUCAUUCUCUGCUGCCAUGCCCGAGCUAACUAGCCUGGAGAAAGUCCACGCGCGUACGCAAUGGCUUGAAGAAGUUCGACAUGUUCAAGCAGACGUGCAGUCUAAAACACUAGACGAAUGUCGGGCUCUUCUAAGACGCUGUGAGGAACUGGAUCUUUUGGCCCAAGCGCCCGAGGUGAUUUUCUUGACCGAAGUCGUACGACAAGGCGAAUUCUGGGAGGUCAAAGCCAAGGAAGUGAUGGCGGCUGAGGAUGUUCAUUAUCCGCAGCUCGAGUCGUUGCAUUCGCAAGUGCAGAACCACGUAUUCCCGGUGAACAAGGAUACUCUGGAACAAAUGGACUUGAUUCUGGCCAAGAAUCGCGAGGCGAAGCGUCAGAUCAUUACGCUAGUGGAACGCAGCCACGAUCCGGACUUCCGCAAGCGCCCCUUGUACACCCACGUCCGAGAAGUCGUCAAGAGCUUGGAGGACCUGAAUGGCAAACCUCAUGGAGCCGUCGACUUGGAGAGGGAAUUGAGGAGGCAUGAGGACUGGAUGAGAAAGGGUAAGAAGUUGUUUGGAAAGGCCAACGCACCGCUUCACAUUCUGGAACAACACAUGAAGUUUGUGGAGGAAAAGAACAGCUUUUGCUUUGAUCUGAACGACACCUUCCGGCCCCCUAUUGAGCCCGCCUCCAGAGAAGCGACGCCUGCUGAGGGUCAUGACAAGGGCACGCUCGGUGACGACGAGAAACCUGUUUUCUGUAUUUGCCGGCAGCCGGAAGCAGGUCUGAUGAUUGAAUGUGAACACUGUCGCGAUUGGUAUCACGCAAAGUGCCUCAAACUUGCAAGAGGCAAAGUCAAGGAAUGCGAAACAUUCACUUGUCCCAUUUGCGAUUGGCGGGUCAAGAUCCCUAGAGAUGCGGCCCGUCCGAAGCUCGAAGAUCUCCAAGCGUGGCAAGACGAUAUUGUCGAUCUACCCUUCCAACCAGAAGAAGAAGAGCUCCUGAAAAGAAUCAUCGACAAAGCUCAAGGCUUCCGGGACUUCCUCGCCAAGUACACGAAAGGGAAUCAACUCUGCCAGACCAGUGAAGAAAUGCCAGAAAUGCUGUUUUAUCUUCGGAAACUCGAAGGUGCGGAGGUCCUGCUGGCGUAUGAAACCAAUCUUUUCCGACAAGAACUACACAAGUGGAACCCAAUUGCACCAGAACCACCUCCGAUUCUUGCUCAAAGUCUGUCGACACGGAAGCCUCGACCCACCAAGCAGCAGAAACUGAUGAAGGAGCUUGGAGUUGAGAAGCCUGAAGACCUCCCUCCUCACCUCCGGACCAAGACAUAUGUGCGAAGAAGGACACAAGAGGCAUUUAUGACGGGCCCUCUUCUGCCAAAGCCGUCGACGCAGUCGCCCUCAGCCACAGGCUCAGCGGCCAGUCCGACUCAAAGUCAGACAGCUGCAAAUUCCGAUACCCCGACCGGGAUGCAGAGGCAGGGAUCCAAUGGCAACUCCGGGUCCGGCGGUGCCUUUGACCCUGAAUACGUGUCCGGGACUGCGCCGUAUGGGACAUCAUUUGGAGCGAACCGGGUGCCCUCGUUCCCUCCCAACUCUCCGUCACCCUUGUUCAGCCCAGGAGCAGAACAACAGGCCGAAAGCCUCAGGGAUCCGAUGCUGCCAGCCUUCUCCGGUGGUCCAUCACGCGAUGCCAGGACUCAUGACCCCCUGUUUCCCCUGUUUCACCCCAACGCCGGAUUAGGUCUCGAUGGAGAGGAUGAUCUCCGCAACGGGCUUGCGAAUGCGUCCGCGAGUCAGUCACCCUCGGCUCGUGGAGGGUCGCCGCCGGGCGGAGAAUACGACAGCAUGUUCAUGGAAAUGACCCACCAGGACGGCGACGGGAGUAACGAUGUGGUUCCCAGUCUUGAACAGGAAGCGAGCCAUGCGAGCGAGGCAUUGGACAUGAUCCGAACCACCAGUCACGACUCGACCAAUGAUCCGGGCGAGUUGGAGGACGGAGAUCAUGUGUCGAAACAAUUUGACGAGUUUCUCAACGGGGAUGAGCAAAGCUAA